CCUCCCUCAUUUCGUACCACCGUCUGCUCGCCGUCCAUCUUUUGUAACCCUAAGCUUAAGUAGAUUCUUCUUGUUUUUGUACAACAUGGACGCUCGUCUCCGCCGCGUGAAUAAAGAAAUCGUUGACUGCAAGAACGACAAAUCUUCAAACAUCAAAAUUGACUUAAUAGAUUCUUCGCCAUUUCACCUGAAGGGAUCUUUCCCAGGUCCUCAGGACACGCCUUAUGAAGGUGGCCACUUCGAGGUGGAUAUUGUCAUCCCCGACUCGUAUCCGUUCCAACCUGUCAAGAUGAAAUUCAUCACGAAAGUGUAUCACCCAAACAUAUCAUCGGCGUCUGGAGCUAUCUGUCUUGAUAUCCUCAAGGACGCGUGGUCUCCUGUCCUAACUCUCAAAUCAACGCUGAUCUCGCUUCAAUCACUGCUGUGUUCUCCUGAGCCUAAUGAUCCGCAAGAUGCAGAGGUUGCAAAGCACUACACGACCAGCAAGCGGAGUUUCGACGAGACAGCAAGGUACUGGACGCAGAUAUAUGCAGGAGGGCCUACAGUCAAGAAGGUGGAGGUGAAGGAGCCACAGAGAGAUGAGAUCGCCAUAGCAGGUCUUGAGAAAGCCCACGUAGAUCAGUUUGAGGGUCUUGGUUUUGAGCGCUCAAAAGUCAUUGACGUCCUUCGGAGAUUGAACUACCGUGGCGCGAACGUUGCCAAUAUCUCGGAAGACAGGGUUGUAGAAGAGCUUUUGAAAUGACAUUUGUCGACAUACCCCGCACGCGAUUUCUGAUGUUGAUUCUUGUACCUUUUCGCUGUGAAUGCCAUCCAUUACUUGAUUUUCUGUUUCCAGUACUCCUCGGACCGACUUAUGAGCUCUUAUAAGUUCAGGUUUAUGGAAAUGCCGUUGCCCUCUCCGGGUUCCUUUCGUCAUUCCACCUUCUGUUCUUCCCCUUGAUAGCCCAUGACCAGCCUCGUGGGUCUGUUUAUAGUCACCCUGCCCUGUCGGUCCAUUCCGAAUGUGCAGGGGUGAUAUCAUAGGAUAUCAUCCACGAUAUGAUCUCGCUACUUUUCUCUCGUGAAGGGUGUAAAGUGCC